ACUAUCGCCCGCAUGCGCCGGCCGGUAUCGUCACUCAAGUCCGUGAUCGUUACUCUUGUUUUCUCUUGACAACGAUUUCUGGCGCCAAAAUAGAGCUCUUGGAUAUAUAUAUGCUGAAUGUAUCAUGAAAGCCUGCGAUUAGUUGCACCUUUAUCGGCAUUUUAUUCGCGCCGCAACCUUCAUCAAUCUGAGUUGAACCGUCGCAAGUGAGAACCAUAACAGUGAGAGACUUAUACAGCAGCGGAUCAACGAGAAAUCUAGCAAAACCGAGGAGGAAACGGUUAUAUCACUUGCAGCAGCACAUCGUUAAGGAAAGUAACAUGGAAUUUAAUAAUUUAAAACCUUCAAUAUCGCGAAAAUCAUUGUACAGUUUGUCUAGAAGACAACGUAAUAAAAUUCUGAAAGAGGUUAGAAAAAAUGUACGUUUACAGUAUCGUAGAAAAUGUAACACUGCUAUCAGAGAGCCGAAUAACUUUGAUAUCCAAGAAAUUCCUGGCCCGUCAGUUACCUUCUUCACAGAUAAUGUAAAUAUUAAUGAUUAUAGACAUGAUAUAGAUGAUGACAUUUCUUCUUCUUCUUCUUCGUUCAAUGCCUCAUUCUCUGAAACUGCCCGAAUUGAACCACCUUUUCACGAACGUUUGGCAUCUUGCUUUGUAGAUAAUAAUUUGACACACGUGCAAAGCAAUAAUAUAUUACAUCUUCUUCGUACACAUCCAUGUUUUCAUAAAUUAUCAAAAGAUAUUAGAACGCUUUUAGGUACACCAAGUAAACGUGUUAUUACGUUUGAUGUAGAACCAGGAGAAUACGUCCACUUUGAUCUCGAAGCAGCGAUAAUUGAAAGUCUUCCUAAUGUUUCGAUUAUUAAUGAAUUAGAAUUAGAUUUUAAUAUAGAUGGCUGUAGUUUAGAUAAAUCAGGUAGUAUUCAGAUAUGGUCUAUUCAAUGUAGAAUUGUAAAUUUGCAGCAUAUAUAUACAAAGCCAAUAAUUGUAAGAAUUAAUUAUAAAGGUGCACAAAAACCAUAUGAUCCUAAUAUUUUUCUUGAAAAAUUUAUUGCAGAUAUCAAUAGAAUCAUGUCUAGCGGAGGUAUUAAUUGUCAUGGUAAUAAAGUGCCGAUACGACUGAGAUGCUUUAUAGCAGAUGCGCGUGCUCGAGCAUUCAUUUUAAAUCAUCGUAAUCAUGUAUCUUAUCAUCCUUGUUCCAAAUGUAAAGUUUCAGGUAAACGUUACGAAGGGCGUUAUGUCUUCAUUGGUAUUAAUCACUCUUCUCGAACGAAUGAGGAAUAUAUUAGAUGCUUAGACGAGGAUCAUCAUAAAGGUAACAGUCCAUUAGCAACGUUACCAAUAGACAUGGUUUCUCAAGUUCCUUUUGAGUAUAUGCACCUUGUAUGCUUGGGCGUUGUGAAAAAACUGUUAUCUGCAUUGAAUGUUCUUAAAAGAUAUUGUCCGUCGGAGUUUGCUAGACGUCCUCGAUCUCUCAACAUGUGUUUGAAGUUUAAAGCAACAGAAUUUCGCCAGUUUCUGCUUUAUACAGGACCAGUUGUAAUGUUUGGUAUAUUGGACGAACGAUUGUAUAAGCAUUUUUUAUUCUUGCAUGCAGCGAUAAGAAUUUUGAUGUUUAAUUCAUUGUCGGAACGAUAUUAUAGCUUUGCAGAGCUUGCGUUGCAAAAAUUUGUUCUUCGAAGUCCGAAUUUGUACGGUCCAAUGUUUAAUUCUUAUAAUGUAUAUGGUCUUCUUCACCUUACCGACGAUGUGAGACGUUUUGGUACUUUAGAUUCAUUUUCUGCCUUUCCUUAUGAAAACAAUAUGUCAUUUCAGAAAAUAUUGUCGAAAACCGAGUUUACCUCUUCAGCAAUUCUUCAAUAGAAUGACAGAGAUAGACAUUCACGGAACAAGCGAUAACCAUAAUAUGGAUUUAUCUAUUCACGUAAUCGCAUUGCGUGAUAAUGAUAUUAAUUGUCGUCAGUAUCGUAAAAUUCAAUUUAAUGGAAUAUUGUUAAGUAUAGAGACACGUGAUAAUUGUUGUAUUUUACAUGACGGAUCCAUUUGUAUUAUUUUCAAUAUUGUCAUGAAUAAUUCGUAUCGUUUAGGAGUCAAAAGAUUUUUACAGAUUCAGGAUUUUUAUGAUAUCGGCAUAUUAUCUUUGGCUCUCCAAAUAUAUAAAUGUUUCACAUUGAGUAACGAAAUUUUUUAUAUUAAUCUAGACGAAGUUCUUGCAAAGUGUUAUAGGCUGCCUCUUUGGAAUUCGACAUCGACGGAAGAUAGUGACAGUAAUGAAGAUGAUUUGGAAAGAUCUGAAUAUGUUGUCGCUGCUCUCAUACAUAAAGAGAAAUCAUAAGAAAUAUUUUUUAACAAAGAGUAUAGCUUAAGUUGUUUGUAGUUUAAAUAUAUUCUUAUGAUUUUUAACUAACACAUUUUUAUAAAUUUUUUUAUUUUUGUCACGUUUUAGUUAAUUAUUAGGAAAAAGAACGUGUUACACUUUCAUUUUUAAGAGACAAAAUUGGUGUAAAAAGAAACAGAAGGAGGAGAGAAAUAGAUAACGAUAAUAGAAUAGAACAAAGACAGUUAAACCAAAAA